AUGUCUAACGUUGUGCAUACUGUAACGAUCAAAAGUCCUACGUUACCCAUCGACAACACUACCGCCAACGCUCAGAUUUUGCAAAGCCCAGGACAGGUCCUCUACGAUCACACUCAAUCUGCCUCACUAUCGGAUGGAAAUGGCUCAUUCAGGCCUGCUUCAUUCGACUUUCAGAACACUGCAUCUCUUACGCUUUCCAUCUAUUUCUCGGUUGGAAUUGGCGCCAGUGGCUCGCUAGUGGGUCGUCAUCCCAUGUGGAAAAAUGGUAAUGUGUUUACGAGCAGCAAUGUCACUACUCAGCAAGGUACAAAUGAUGUGCCUGUCCAUAUAGAUCAAGGCGACGGAGCCCUUGUUACUGUUUUGAAUUCCAGUUUCCCACGUCGUAUCGCGGGCGACAUUCAGUGGGUAUGGGUAUCAAGCGGCACUGAGCAAAGCUUGGGUUCCACUCGACUGGAGCUCUAUAGCCUACCCAUCAUCCUACCAAAGCUUUACGGCGGUCGUGUCCCUGUAAAACUCCUCCGUGCAUUCAUACCGAACUUUUUUGCCUCGAUCCAGACCAAUUGGGUGGCUUUCGUGGCCAACACAGUCUUCUCUGAUAUGGGAUUGCGCUAUAAUUCGUGGAACAGUGGACAGAACCGAUACGUAGGCCAAUCUGGAGGAGGCCUCGAUAUCGCUAGGUGGCUUGCCGAUUAUGAGAAAUGCAAGAAGGACAGUAGUCAAUUUACUCUCAUCAAUUGCUACGACCAGGCCGCCAUGGUUCAAGUUGCCCUUGGACUCGGUCUCAUUCCUGAGGAUGCGCAAACAAUCAAGUGGAAAUUUCUUGAACCAUAUGGCUUUAUUCAAACCACGAACUUGGUAGGGCGUGGGCGGUGCAACAGCCCGUAUGUAUCUAACCAGCAGUCGAGCUUUCUGGUCGACAACAACGCCGAUAUUCGGCAGGCAUUCAGAAAUCACGCUUUCAUCGAAGUCAAGCAAUGUGUGGUUGACGCUUGUGCUGGACCUCAUACUGGUACAGAGUCGCCUGCGGCUUAUCUAGCGAGGGCGAUAGAGCCACCGUCCCCACCAAAUGAUGACGAACACACCACUUUGUAUCCUACAGCUCCACAGUUGGGACCACGGUCAAAGGCUUCAUUAGGUAUCAACGAUCCUGCAAAACAGCAUCGACCAGGGAAUAUCACUGAUUACAAUGUGAGUACACCAAGCUUUGGAAUUACCACAUUACGGGACUUCACACCAAGAGAGGCCCUAGAGGCAGCUGCAACAAAUGCCACAGAUUUGGUAUCGGGCGCAGGAACAUCUAAUAGUCCGAUCCUUCAGCCGCUUGUCUUCAGCCAGCUUGCACUGACCAAUAAGCUAACAGUCGUCAUCGGAGGUCGCGAUGUGGGAACCCCUGAUGUGGACGUUAAUCCUGAAAUCGUAAAUGCGAGCUGGUCUUUCAAGGACAACAAUAACGCAAACGUCGAGAUUGAAAUCGACCUACUUCCCGAUUACAUUACUGCCCAAAGAUACUUCGCUCUGGAGCUUGACAGUUACGAUGACUAUGCGUACAACUUCCCACAACCAUUGCCAGCAUCUGGUACUCAGUACGGAGAAUUUUGCGUUGCUUCGCCCUCCACCUUGAUAUUUGCGAAAAGUAAUGUAAUGGCCAUUGUCAAUGUUGUUGAUGGGCAUGUUCCUGACAUCUCUGGCCAAUACGGGAACGCGAUCGAUGGGGUCCUUACCAACUUCACCAAACCCCCUAAUCUACUGGAAAUCUCUUGCGAUCCGCCCUUGAAUGUGUCUACCAUGGUAGGAAGCACGUUCACAAUUACGGUUACGUUUACCAACGCAGCUGACUGGGAUGUCUGGAUCGAUCCCCUGCAUAACGAUGCCAUCGUUCUCCUGAAUGAGACCGUGCUCAACGACGUAUCCAAUUCCGGGAGCGUUGAAUUUACCUUUCUCGCUGCGGCAAUAGGGGAACCUACGGUCAAGAUCACAUUCGCUCAUCCCGAUACGCUACAGACUCUGACUGCGUCGGGAAAGUUCCAUGUAAAUUGA